CUGCGUGCUGGUUGGUGCUGGCUCUGGCUCGAUCUGUUUACUAAAUUUUUCCAUGCUCAUGGCUGCUCGAGUGUUUUCCAUUUUCUCUCAACUAAAAUCUCUCAUAACGUAGCAAUUCAUUUGAAACCAGCUCACCAGCUCUAAAUAACGUAGCAUCAUGCCGCAGGAAAUUUGCAAGGAAUGUCACAAGGAGAGUUUAGUCACCGACACAACCAAGGGUCAGGUGGUGUGCAUCAACUGCGGUGAGGUCAAUGAGGCCAACAUCGUGGUCUGUGAGCCCACGUACGAGGACAAUGGGCACGGCGGUUCCGCUAUGAUCGGAACCUUUGUGUCUGCAAACUCGACAGGAGGAGGAGGAGGAUGGGUGGGGGAAGGGUUGAGAGGCUAUCGACAUGGCAUUAAUAGGAAUUCAAAGGAAAUCACUUUCGAGAGGAUCCGCAGGGAAAUGACAGACAGAGGAAGACAAAUGAAGAUGGAGCAACACAACAUUGACAAAGCCUUCAAUACUUUCAAAUUAGCUUUCAAUAGUAGGUUAACAAAAGGCAGGAAAAAUGAUUUAGUCAUUGCAGCUUGUUUGUACAUGACCUGCAGAAGCGAUGGUGGAAACGCGCAAUACUUGAUGAUCGAUUUUAGUGAACAGUUUGGACUGGACAUUUACGAGCUGGGCCGAACUUUCAUGCACUUCACCAAGUCCCUCAAUUUCUCCCUAAACUCAAUAGAUCCCUGCCUGUACAUCAUCAGAUUCGCUAGUCGGCUGCAGUUUGAUAAGAAGACAACAGAAGUGAGCAACACAGCCAUGAGACUGGUGCAGCGGAUGAAGAGAGACCAUUUGCACGUGGGCAGAAGGCCGUCUGGCCUUUGUGGAGCUGCUUUGCUCUUUGCCGCUCGACAUCACGGCUUCAACAGGAAACCAGCCGACAUUGUGAAAAUUGUUAAGGUUCACGAAUCUACCUUGAGAAAAAGAAUGAUUGAGUUUGGUGAAACGCCAUCUGCCACGAUGAAAUUCGAGGACUUCAUGGUUGUUGAUUUGGAAGCAGAACAGGACCCUCCUUCUUUCAAAGAUGCCAGGCGCAGAGAUCGGCAAAAGGGGUUUGAAAUAUUGGAUGGCGAGAAGGUUGUUCAUGAAGUGUCAGAGUUGAGACAGCAGAUUGAAAAGCUGUUGUCUGAGAAGAGGGGACGUGGAGGAAGUUCAACUCCAGACUCGGCAAGAGGAAAGAGAAAGAGGACUGGGACCGAAACUUCGUUCUAUGAUUCUGACCCGGAAGACUCCGCAUUGCAAAGGAUAAUUAACGAAUCUACAUUCAACACAGUAGCUGAGUGCAUAAACAACUCAGAUUCCCCUAAAAGCCUGCCAAUCAAAGAAGAUUUGAUGGAAGGUCCAACUCUGGAAAUGAUGGGCUUGGGUGCCAGGCCAGCUGAACCUCAAGAGCCUGAAGCGCCGAAAGCACCGGAGUCAGGAGAGCUAGAAUAUGAUGACCUUGACGAUGACGAACUGGACUUCUAUAUUUUAAGCGAUGAAGAAAGAAUCAUCAAGUACAAACAGUGGAUGGCAGAAAACGAAGACUAUGUCAAAGCUCAAGAAGAAAAAGAAGAUCAGGAAAGAAGGGACAGACUUGAAGGAAAGCCUGAGAAGAAGAAGAGAAAGGCACCAAGAAAGAAAAAUGCGAGUGCUCCUUGCAAUACUGCUGGUGAAGCAAUCGAAAAGAUGCUGAAGGAAAAGAAGUUGUCUCAAAAAAUCAAUUAUGAUGUGCUGAAGCAGCUGCGCGAAAGCGCCAUUGCGUCAGCAGUUCCAGGCCCAGAAGAAAAAGGCCAAGCUCUCGCGCCAUCAACUCUCAUGCCGCCACCCAGCAGCAUUGGUUUCAAUCCAAGGAGGAUGCAGCCAAAAAUCGAAUCCAGGGUUAAGCACGAACCAAAGAAACCAGUUAAAGAGGAGGAAAAGCUGCCUCUGCCUGAGAUUGCUAUUUCAGACAAAAUUAACGAGGAGGAUGAGGAAGGGGAGGAUGGUGAUUACUACGAGGAUGAGGAUGAUGAAGAAGAAGAAGAGGAAAAACCCAAGGAAUUGAAAAAGAAAAGUGUGGAAGAACCCAAGAGCAUGGCUGAUAUGUUAAAAAUGCAACGAAAAAACGAUGGAGAAGCCAUGGAUGAAGACAUGGAAGAAGAUUAUUACUAGAAGCUGAGUGUUCUGUAUGUAUGUAACCUUUUGUAUUUGAAAUAUUUACUCAACCAAAUACUCAGAAAGGGUUGUGGGAAUAACGUUGAUCAACAGCAACAAUUAUAUAAUAAUGAAUACUUGAAUAGAAUAAAACCAAUGAAACGCGAACCAUA